CGUUUACUUCUCCAACCCACAAUCCCGCCACAAAGCACAAAUAUGGGAGGAGGAGGAAAAUACCCAUACCCCAAGUGGGUCUGGUCAUACUAUGGUGGUUGGUGGCCGGCACCAAAGAAUGCCGCCACAAAUACCAUCAUAACGGGAGUCGGCAUCCUUGGUCUUACCGCUCUGGCAUUCAACUUCUCGGCAAAGCAUGAGGUUAGGCAUAGAUACCCCGAUCGCUGGAUCCCAUCCAUGCUAUGGGCCAGGGAGUUUCACGACCCAGCCUCGCAAAAGAUGUGGAAGGAACAGUUAGCCAAGGAAGGACGGGAGUGGAUCGAGCCUAUCCCCGAUUGGUGGCCUUUCAAGAAGUGAUUGAGUUCCACGAAUGCUUUGGUGGCCUACCGAACCUUUGUAUAGAGAUGAUGUUUGCUGGAAAUGAAAUCAAGGAAUCUUCACAAAAAAACCCCUCCUGACAACGAUGCGAGGCAGAAGUUUGUGGCAUUGCGUGAACGGUUGACAAUAAGUAUA